AUGGCAGGGCCGCCACCAUCAAGCCACGGGCAAGCUCCCUUGAACGCCUUGGGCGUACAGUUCUUCUCCAGUUUGGAGGGACUCGAAGUAGUCACGUCCGCCGAUAGGCAGCUCAUCCGAGGCCACAACCUCGUCGGCGCGGUUCGUCUACAAUUCGUUAGGCCAGCGUACUUUGAAACCGAUGACGGAGAGCAUGCAAAAGUCCUUGGUAUGCAAAGUGACCUCGACAUACCACUGUCAAUGCAUGUGUACCCUUUUCCCGAAAUUGACGAGUGGAACGGCCAAUGGUUCUUCUUCGACGUGCAGCUACACCCUUACGAACUACACUUCCGCCGCAAAGUCGCGGAUGGAGAUGAGUCGGUGAUCGGUUCGUGGGAAAAUGUAUAUGGGAAGCUGGCACAAGUCCGUGGGCAAAUGUGUCUCCAACCGGUUGCAGAGAGGUCCCUGAGGCUUGGAGGCGGUUGCUUCCCCAUUAUCGCGCCACGCGCUAGCUUCCAAGGACCAGUCGAUACGAAGACCUUCAAGUUCAAAGCUGGCUCAAUAUCAGAACACCAGCUGAAGUGCUGCGGCUUCGUCCAAUGCCAGACCUACCUGACGCCGCCCCGCGAAAAUGAAUCGCCUUUCAAGGGUGGCCGACCAUUCCACAUAUUAGUGUACAUGCCGUAUGAUCAACAGCCAUGGAAGAGUCGGAUCGGCUGGAUGACCAAUUCAGCCGAAGGCGGGUUUGUAUCUAGGAAAUGGAUGUACGGAAGGGGAAGUAUUAUCGGCGUGCUUAACGUUGGGUUGUUGGAGAAGGAGCCCGAGCCCGGACAGGACAUACUGGUCGUGCUCGUUGAUGAGUUUGGCUUUAUAUCAAAGGCAACAUUCGAUAGCGGCGGCAGUAAGGGCAACGAUCUUUCACCCCAGAAGCCGAGGCAGGAGCCAGGCAAGGUCCGAAACCCUUUCAGCAGCAGCCCGACUGGCCCGUCUCCGGGAACGCAGAAGCCGAGGGAGAAGUCAGUGGACAGAACGGCAGAGGAGGCGAUACCCUCGGCAGUAGCAAGGCGGCUCUUUGGAUCUCAACAGGAGUCCACCGAGCCAUCGGUCGCGGUGUCAACAGAUGCCGAGGAGGAUGAAGCGUCAGCGCAAGUUAGAAAUAGCCUGAAGCGAGCCGCUAGCUCCGUUAGGGACGGACCGGCCAGGAAAAGAGUGAGCUCGUGGAAGGUGCAGGAUGCUCGAGAAGCCGUAGGUCGAGAAUAA